AUGGAGAAGAACGUUCACAACCAUGAUGGUAAUGGGCUUCUGCUAGCUGGUCCCCGUCUUCCACCUCCUCGCGAAUGGGAAAACGUUCAUGCUUUCGCGGUCCAUUGCUGCAACAACUUUCUACUUGCCUUUCCCAUCGAUAAAUCUUCCCUUUUAUCCAUUCCCAAGUUCUUCUGUUCCUUCACCCUUCUUCCAUCGCCAUGUUCCACUUCCCCUUCCGCCUUCUCUCACGUCGUCCUCAUCGUCGCCGCCACCUUCAUACGGCCACUUCCCAACCCCUCCAGCUACUACUUUCCCCACCCCAUUUACCUCAUUUGGGGCUCUAACACUGCUGUUGGCAAAACCCUAGUCUCUGCCGGCAUCGCCAUCUCGCACCUUCUCUCUUCCACUACCCAGUUCCACUACAUUAAGCCCGUCCAAACCGGUUUCCCUAUUGACUCUGAUUCCCGCUUUGUUCUCAACAAAGUCACUGAACUCUUUCUCCGCCGUAACCCCUCUUUUUCUCUUUUUGCCUCCAAUUCCGUCCUCAAGGCCUCAGGCUCCGCUGCCAAUGCUACAGGGGAGAUUGAGAGUUGUGGAAGGGAGAUGUAUGAGUUGAAUUGGCGUGAGGAGAAGAAGCUAGUGGGAGAAGGGAGUGGAUUUUCGGAGUUGAUUUGCAAGACUAUGUAUGCGUGGGAAGAAGCAGUGUCGCCGCAUUUGGCUGCAGAGAGGGAAAGUGGACCUGUGAAGGAUUUGGUGGUGCUCGAAACAUUGCACAGAUGUUUCAGGCAUGUGUUGGAAGGUGGGAACGGCAAGGGGAAAUCGGAAGUCCUGUGUGUUGUUGAGACUGCCGGUGGUGUGGCCAGUCCGGGUCCUUCUGGGUCACUUCAGUGUGACUUGUACCGGCCAUUUCGUAUUCCUGCUAUUCUUGUUGGCGAUGGGCAGCUGGGUGGUAUUUCUGGAACUAUUUCAGCAUAUGAAAGCUUGACACUUCGAGGCUAUGAUGUCGUUGCCAUUAUUCUUGAAGAUCAUGGCCUUCUGAAUGAGGUUUCACUGAUGUCAUAUGCAAGAAACAAAGUUCCGGUACUUGUGCUACCUCCUGUUCCUAAAGAUCCAUCAGAUGACCUUAUGGAAUGGUUUGAAGGUUCUCAUCGCUCCUUUAGUACUCUGAAGGAAAUAAUGCUUUCUGCUCAUUAUGAAAGAGUUAAGAAGUUGCAUGGCAUGCCAAGAAAGGCUAGGAGUAUCUUCUGGUGGCCUUUCACUCAACACAAACUUGUACCAGAGGGAGGCAUAACAGUAAUUGAUUCACGUUGUGGUGAGAACUUUGCAGUCUUCAAGGGUCAGAAUACAGGAGUCAUAGAACCUCUAUUUGAUGCAUGUGCUAGUUGGUGGACGCAAGGACCCAAUGCUGCCUUGCAGGCUGAGCUUGCAAUGGAUAUGGGAUAUACUGCUGCGAGAUUUGGGCAUGUGAUGUUUCCUGAGAAUGUUUAUGAGCCAGCACUAAAUUGUGCUGAGCUUUUACUUGAAGGUGCAGGGAAAGGUUGGGCUUCUCGAGUAUACUUUUCAGACAAUGGAUCAACAGCAAUAGAAAUUGCUCUCAAGAUGGCAUUUCGUAAAUUUUGUGUUGAUCAUGGAUUCAUUCCAGAUUUUAAUAUUACCACAAAUGAGCAGCCUGCUGAGCUCAUGGUUCUUGCACUUAAGAGUUCUUAUCAUGGUGAUACAUUGGGUGCUAUGGAAGCACAAGCAGCAUCUUCUUAUACUGGCUUCCUGCAGCAACCGUGGUACAGUGGAAGAGGUCUUUUUCUGGAUCCUCCUACUGUGUUCAUAUGCAACAGUACAUGGACUCUUUCCUUACCAGAAGGGUUCCAUAGUGAAAGUCUUAAACACAAAUAUAUCACUUUUGCUUCACGUGAUGAAAUCUUUUAUGAUGGCCGGGAUAAGUCAGAACUUGCGCAAGUUUAUUCAUCGUACAUAUCAGAACUAUUUUCUAGAAAUAGAGGGUUGUGUAUUGGAGCAUUGAUUAUGGAACCAGUUAUACAAGCUGCGGGGGGAAUGCACAUGGUUGAUCCACUUUUUCAGCGUGUACUUGUUGAUGAGUGUCGGAAAAGAAAAGUUCCUGUGAUCUUUGAUGAAGUUUUUACUGGUUUCUGGCGUUUGGGAGUUGAGACUACUGUGGAGCUAAUUCAUUGCAUACCAGAUAUUGCUUGCUUUGGGAAGCUGAUGACAGGUGGUGUUAUACCCUUGGCUGUCACUUUGGCAACUGAUGCUGUGUUUGAUUCAUUUGUUGGAGACUCAAAGUUGAUGGCUCUUUUGCAUGGGCAUUCUUACUCUGCACAUGCUAUGGGGUGCAUGGCUGCAGCUAAAUCAAUCAAGUGGUUUAAAGACCCUUGUUUAAAUCCUAAUGUCAGUUCUGAUGGAAGGUUACUUAGAGAGUUAUGGGAUGCUAAACUUGUUGAUCAGAUUUCAUCACUCCCAGCUGUUCAAAGAGUAGUUGCAUUAGGAACUCUUUGUGCCUUGGAACUUAAAGCGGAAGGCCAGAAUGCUGGGUAUGGAUCAUUGUACGCAAGAUCCCUUCUUCAGAACCUUCGUGAUGAUGGCAUUUACAUGAGGCCUCUGGGCAAUGUCAUAUAUCUCAUGUGUGGACCCUGCACUCCUCCCCAAACUUGCAAUGAGUUACUUGUCAAACUUUACCAGAGACUUGAAGAAUUUACUCAAAAGUCCAUAGAUAAAUAUUCUGAGUCAUGAACUUGUAACUUUUGGUUUUAGCUAGCCGCAAGCAGGAAAUAGAGCACAUCUGAUGUUGUGUGUAGACUUGAAACUUAGAAGUUACAUUUUUCUCGAAGCUCAAUGCCAUGUCUUCGUUGCAACAUUUUAUUUUAAGGCUUAAAAUUAGUUAGCUUUUUGUUUUUCCCCUUUUCAUUUUGGUCCUUGGUUUUAAUUUUUGCUGAUUUAUAUGGAUAUUUGGCAAACACCUUACCGAUAUCUGCGUGACGUCCGACAGGGACAGUUUCAGCUGCUUGCAUUUGCCUUGAUGGGCCUUCAAUGUAAAGCAAAACUUGUGGUGCUGUGAUGUAAACUUGUCCAGAUUUGAUCCAAUUGUAUUGGAUAUACCUGGGGGACAAAUCCAGACACUUAUUAUGUCAA